AUGGCAUCAGAAAGCAACACUGAGAGGAUAAAAAUGGCAAAGAAAGAGAAGCAAAAACAAAGUCAUGAAGUUGACAGAUCAAGCCGUAAACAGGAAUCCGAAGACAAUGAACAACUAGCUGUGGAAGAAGAAGCAAUGGCAUCAGAAACUGAAAAUCGGUUAAGCCAAACACCUCUGUCUCAUAUUCCUCUGCAAAGCCUAACGGACAUAGAAAUGGAGUUGGUCUACACUGACGAGGAGGACAUUUCCUUCGAGUUUGCUGAGCCUAUGGUGUUUACAAGCACACAACCAGCGCGUCGUGAUUCUGAAAAAGCAGAUGUUCCAGGUGCAUCUAAUGGCAGCGCUCUGUCCCAGAUUGACAAACAGCUUCAGAUGACCCUCCAGGAAGCCAGCACUUGCUACAGGGAGAAUAACUACGCAGCAGCAGUGGAGAAGUUCUCAACAGCACUGGAGCUUUGCAGUAAAGGUGCUGUUAUAGACGAUCACUUAGGCACAUCUCCAGAAGAUACUUCCAGUAUCACCAGUUUUAUUGGGACAAAGCUUGUAACCUGCUACUUAAAACUGAGGAAACCUGAGGAUGCUCUGAAUCAUUCACACAGGAGCAUUAUUCUGAAUCCAGCUAAUUUCCGGAACCACCUGCGCCAAGCUGCUGUGUUUAGGUGUUUAGAGAGAUACUCUGAAGCUGCAAGGAGCGCCAUGAUUGCUGACUAUAUGUACUGGCUGACAGGCGGCACUGAGCAGCAUACAAGCAAGCUCAUCAAACUGUAUUGGCAGGCUAUGAUUGAAGAAGCCAUCAUGACCGAAGAAUCUUUUUCAGUUAUGUACACACCAUUUGUGACAGAAGUCAAGGCUGACAAACUAAACAAGUUAAAGGACAUGUUUGCUGAAAAGCACCCUGACUACGUGGAGCACAUAUAUACGGAUCCUCACGGACUUCACAUCUUGCCACAGGCGGCUGAGUGGCCGUCCCUGCCUCCCCAGCAGCACUUACUGACUCUGGGUUUCAGAAGCAAACAUAUUGGAAAAAUCCUGGAAAGCUGGUCAAGCAGAAAACUGCCAAUCUUUUCAGACCGGAGGGCACCUUACAGUCCUGUCACAACAGAAGAAACACAAAGAUAUUGGGAUAACACUGGGAAAAAGAUCAUACCAGUAAUGGAUUUUAUAAGAAGCACCAAAUUAACUGACGAUCGCUGUGCGUGUUCACGCGCGAUAGAGAAGCUGCAUUACGCCUGCCUCCUCGGCCGUUUGCAGAGAGUCGAGGAACAGUCCCAAGUGAUUAAUCAAGCGAUGGCCGAGCUAGCAACCCUUCCCUACCUGCAAGACAUCAGUCAGCGGGAUACCAGACAGCUGCGGUUGCUAAUGGCGGAUGCCAUAAACAUCCUUGAAGGAAAAAGAAGUGAGCAGACACGUGUGUGGAAUAAAAUUCAGAAGAUUGGACUAAUUGAAGACUACUUAUACCAAGUAGCAGACACAUACUUAAAGAAAAAAAGGCUGAGAAGAGCUAGGACGGAAAGAAUUAAACUGAAGAGGAUUCAAAGUACGCAGCAACAUUAUUAG